GGAGGUGCAAAUUUCAAUGCUAACUAUUUAGUUUGCAUCGUGCCGCCCGCUGUUUCUAAGGCAAUCCGAAACUACAGUGUCGCAAACCGCAAACGAAAUUCAAACGUAUCAUUUUCUUAAUUAAAUUAAAUAGAGUUUAUUAGUGAAGCAUAUUUAAAGAAAUGUGUUACUCGACUUAAAAUGUCUCACAAAAAUGCAGAUAAACCAAUAAUUGAUACCUUUAACAAUAACUUAAAAAGAGUUAUUAAAAAUGGUGACAGGGAUAACGAUUCCUCGGCGGAAAAUGCUCACUUGGAUGAUUUGUACACAAGGUACCGACAAAGGUUAAGAAAAUCGCUAUUCAUAUCGGGCCUGUCUAUUUCACUUGCAGCAUGUAUUCUGUCAAUAUUAUUUGGAUUACUCAAGGACUAUAAUGUCGUACACAUAGCACUGCUCUUCACUGCUGGUCUCGUGUCGGGGUCCAUCCUCACAGCCCUUCAAUUCCCGGCAGUUUUAAAUUCACCUGUUGCAGCAUUAGCAUUUGCUAUAAUAACUACCUUCUCUCUGGGUAUCAUAGCAGCCAUUACGGGAGACGAAUUGGCACCUCUGCCAAUUUUUGCUGUGUUUCUGGGAAUUCACACAAUGCUUCCCAUCUCAUGGCCCGUUUCAUUGGUGUUGGCAUUUUUUAUGACAGUUAUUCACGUGGUUCAUAAGAUUGGUUCCAGCCCAGCAUUCUCUCCUGAUAUCGAUAUGCUUAUUGCCGAAGUUAUUAUGCUAGGCACUGCAUCCGUUUCUGGCUUGUACUAUAGAAUAAUGUCUGACGCGGCCCACAAUCGGACUGUUGAUGGUACGCGUACAGGCAUAGAGCAGAGAGUCAAAUUAGAGUGUGAGCGGGAACAGCAGGAACAACUUCUAUUAAGCGUUAUCCCUGCUUACAUAGCAGCUGAGGUCAAAAGAAGUAUAAUGUUAAAAAUGGCGGAUGCAUGCCAGCGUGCUGGAGGGCAAGCUUACUCAACUAGAUUCCAUGAGCUACACGUCCAACGCCAUAACAAUGUUUCAAUUCUGUAUGCAGAUAUUGUAAACUUUACUCCUCUCUCAGAGCAACUUACUGCCAGUGAUUUGGUUAAGACACUCAAUGAUCUUUUUGGUCGAUUUGAUCAAAUCGCACAAGAAAACCAAUGUCUACGUAUAAAAAUUCUUGGGGAUUGUUAUUAUUGUGUAUCUGGAUUGCCUAUUUCUAGACCGCAACAUGCUGCUAAUUGUGUUAAUAUGGGCUUGCAGAUGAUUGACGCCAUUAAGCAUGUUCGGGAAGCUACUGGCAUAAAUGUUGAUAUGCGAAUUGGUAUUCACACUGGAAAUGUGCUCUGCGGAGUUCUUGGCCUAAGAAAGUGGCAGUUUGAUGUUUGGAGCGAUGAUGUUACAACGGCUAAUCAUAUGGAAAGCGGUGGCGUAGCAGGGAGAGUUCAUAUAACAAAACAAACUCUUUCGUAUCUUGAUGAUAAGUUUGAAGUUGAACCGGGCAAUGGUGGCUCUCGCGAUUCUUAUCUGUCAGACCAUAAAGUGGAUACUUAUUUAAUAGUUCCACCGAAGAGAUCUAUCGAUCUUCCAAGGGUUGUGGAGAUCCACAACACGCACUCUUUAAAAGAAACACCUGGUCAAGUGCGGUUGAAUCAAAUUUCAAUUGUCGAAACAGAAGACCCGGAAGAAUUGAAUGAUAUAGAUAUACCAUCAAAAUCAAGGGAUAAUACUAAAAGUAACAAUAACGAAGAGUUUAAAUCCAUUCGUAUAGAGGAAGAUAUGAAAAGUGGACCAGAGAAUCAGGCAAAUAUAGAACUUAAAACUGCAGCGAAUUCAUCAAAUGAAAGUAAAACAGCAAAGAGCGAUGUGGAAACGUGUGCUCACGAAGAAAGUGUAGCCGUUCUUGAAGUUCCUGAAAAAGUGAAAAGAAAGCUCUCAGUUCAAGGAAUCAUGGCUUUUGCUGAUAGACGACGGUCGUCAGGGGUUUUCAUGGAUAAUAGAAAGCACUCAAUCACAAAUGGAGAAAGUUUUCGUUCUAUUGGUGGAACUGCCACACCCGGAGGCCCACCCACACGACACAGGCCAUCAUCAAAAAUGACGAAGUAUGUAGAAUGUUGGGGAGCAGAUAAGCCUUUUGCAAAUAUUGCGGAAUCAAAGUUAGUUAAAAAUAUCGGACUUGCGAGCAUUGCUAUGAUAGAGUCCAACCUCUUGCCACCAGAACGAAGAUGUUCGAGUUUUAGCUGUUUAGGACCACCGACAGAGUUGAAACCUAUAACCAUGUGGUACCGGAACUCUUCCCGUGAAACCCUAUAUCGAGCUCAACCCGAUCCUCACUUCCGGUAUGAUUUACUUUGUGCCUUUAGUAUAUUUGUGCUACUAGGCACUAUACAACUAAAAGUGCUUGAAUUAAAUGUAGCCUUGCUGGGGUCUAUCGGAGCAAGUACAAUAUGUUUUGGACUCUUUCUAUAUCUUUGUAAUGUCAAGAUGGUAGAAAAUUCCUCUACUCCCUCUUAUAGCCCAAGUCAGGCUGUAGCCAGUAGCCGUACAAUAAGAUUAUCCAUAUUUUUGAUAGUAAAUGCUCUAGUCUCAUCGUGUUCUGUUUUUAAUGUGAUCAACUUUUCUGAAGACACUAUUGUUGAUGUUGGAAUAAGUUUAUAUAAUACCUCUGCACAUCAUUCGCCUUUGCCAAUUGUUAAUUACCCACCAGCCCCAGCAUACCUUCUUUGUUGUGCCCUAAGUCUAGCAUGUGUCUCGGCCUUUCUUAGAGCCGGAUUUAUAUUGAAGUUGAUUGUUAUGGUGAUGGCUGCGUUGACUGAGGUGGUUGUGCUAGGAUAUAGCGAUCUGUUUCAAAGCUAUAAUAAAUUACACUCAGAAACUAGCAUAUUGCAACUUGAAGUGAAAGGGUUUAUGUUCCUUUGUCUUAUAAUAGCUGUUUUGCAUACUCUUGACCGACAGGGAGAGUAUGUAGCUCGAACGGACUUUUUAUGGAAAGCUAAAUUGAAAGUUGAGCAAGAAGAAGUUGAAACUAUGCGUGGCAUCAAUAAGAUCUUACUUGAAAAUAUACUUCCAGCUCACGUCGCUACUCAUUUCCUUUACCAGGAUAGAUCAACUGAAUUAUAUCAUGAAAGUUAUUCAAGCGUGGCUGUGAUGUUUGCUUCGAUUCCUAACUACAAGGAAUUUUACGAUGAAACUGAUGUAAAUAAGCAGGGACUGGAGUGUUUGCGUCUUCUAAACGAAAUUAUUUGUGAUUUUGACAAGCUUCUUCUUAAACCGAAGUUCAGUGGUAUAGAAAAGAUUAAAACAAUUGCGAGUACAUACAUGUGUGCAUCAGGACUAAGGCCAGGCAAGGACGAUGGAUCUACUGAUGAAAGGCGAACAGAAGAACACAAUGUUGUUAUCCAAGUGGAAUUCGCUAUUGCUUUGAUGUCUAUCCUCGACUCAAUAAAUCGGGAAUCAUUUCAGAGAUUCCGAUUGAGAAUAGGACUAAAUCACGGAUCAGUAAUUGCAGGUGUGAUAGGGGCUCAAAAACCACAAUACGACAUUUGGAGUAACACAGUUAAUGUUGCAUCUAGAAUGGAUUCAUGCGGUGUCAUGGGACGAUUACAGACGACUGAAAGUACAGCGAAAAUUCUUAUGGAUGCUGGAUACACAUGCGAAUGUCGUGGACCUAUAUUUGUGAAAGGCAAAGGCACAUUAAUAACUUACUUCGUCAAGACACCAUUCGAUGGGAAAUUGUAAAAUAAAAUCUUUGCGUAUCUUCUGAAAAAUGACAAUUUGUUAUCGAUUGAAUUCAAAAUAAUAAUACAAAUAAUACUUUAAAAAUGCCAAA